AGCUGAUUAUAAACAUGUUUACAACGCUUCACAGCGAAGAUACGGAAUACUCGGCGGAUUCCGUGGAGUGGCUGCCGCAGGAUGAUCCGGAAAGAAGCUUCUUUGCCUGCGGCACCUACCAGUUGGUCCAGGAUGAGGGGGAACCGGAGGAGCAGGAGGCCUCCCCCAAGCGUCCCCGCAAAGGCCGCGUUUAUUUAUACCAUUUCGGAGACCCAGAUUCCAGCCUGGAGCGGCUGCAGUGCAUCGAAACGGCGGCCAUACUGGACAUGAAGUGGCUGCCAGCCGGGGGCGGUGAUGGUCAUCCCCACCUGGCCACGGUCAACUCAUUGGGACAGCUGGAAAUCUAUGAAUUCCUAAGGGAUGAGCAGAAGCUACAGAAACGCACGUGCUUUUGCCUUGCGGAGGAGGAGUCGCAGGAGGAAUCCCCCUUGGCUCUGGCCCUGGACUGGCGUCGGGAUGAGGAGCAGACCAUUCAACUGGCCAUCUCGGAUUCCAAGGGUGAUCUGCAUCUACUGAAGUACUCGCCACAGGGCGUGAUUAGCCGGGAGCGGUCCUGGUCAUCUCAUGGCUUUGAAGCCUGGACCUGCGCCUUUGAUCGCUGGUCACCGCAUCUUUUGUACAGCGGUGGCGACGAUAUGCUCCUGAUGGCCCACGAUUUGCGGACGGAGCAGAGAGCCUGGACAAACCGGGCACACAUGGCCGGAGUGACCUGCCUGCUAAGUCAUCCGAGGCACGAGCACCAUCUGCUCACGGGCAGCUAUGAUGAGCAGCUGCGUUUGUUCGAUACCCGGUCCAUAAAGCGAACUCUGGCGGAGCUGGACCUGGGCGGAGGCAUCUGGCGGCUGAAGCCGCAUCCCCUUCAUCCCGAUCUCAUCCUGGCCGCCUGCAUGUACACCAACUUCAGCGUGGUGCAGCUGGAUGCCAGUGCGCCUGGCUUGAGUUUGCUGGGCGCCUAUGAGGAGCACAAGAGCAUUUGCUACGGCGCCGAUUGGGCUCCUUUUGGGAACAAUGAUGGAUCGUUGACCAUGGCCACCUGUUCCUUCUACGAUCACAAGUUGUGCGUCAGUCGCGUGGAGAUUAGCAAAUAAGUUUUGAUUUUCUGUACUUUAAAUUGAUAUAAGCGUAGACUUAAAACAAAUGUUUUGUUUUGUAAAAUAACUAAAAUGUUUUUUUGUAAUAAAUAUUGAUGCAAU